CAUGGUCAAACCUAAUUAGUUGAAUUUGUUUUCUUCAGGUGAGGUAUGGAAGGGUUAUGGAAUUCCUUGCUUAACCAAAGUUGCUUAAAACCCUUUGGUUUCACUCCAAGACUUGGUUAUACUUUCCCAGUGGUUACAACUAGAACUGGGAGUUUAAAUCGAAAACCUGAAUCCUGCACCCUGAGAAGUAACUGCACACAAUUGGGUAGAGACACUGGCGCUAGUUCCCAGAGGGUUGGAGUUGAUGCACUGGAUAAUGGUGGUGAUGGAGAGGAAUCUAAUGUGGAGUGGGAAUCUGAGUUUCUUGGGGAAGUUGAUCCGUUGGGUUACCGGGCUCCCUCUAAAAAAAGGGAAAAAGUGCAGAGGUCAAAGUUGCUUGAAGAAACUGAUGAAAUGGAUUGGUGUGUGAGGGCGAGAAAGAAGGCCCUGAAAUCAAUUGAAGCAAGGGGCAUGAGUCAUCUGAUUGAAGAUUUGGUUACUGUUAAGAAGAAAAAGAAGGACAAGAAGAAGUUGGAAAGCAAGAAGAAAAUAAUAGUAAAGAAAAUUGAGAAUAUAGAAGAUCUUGACUUUAGCUUAGAGGACGAGUUCCCACAGCCUAUCAAUCCUCUGAAUGAUGUUGACGAUCUGAAAAGGAGAGUGAGUAUGUUUUCCAAUGGAGUGUUUAUAGAAAAGAAGGAAAAAACAAAGGAAGAAUUUGUCAAUAGGCUUUCUCAAUUCUCUGGGCCAUCUGAUCAUAGAAAAGAAGUCAAUUUGAACAAAGCAAUCACUGAAGCACAGACUGCAGAUGAUGUUUUAGAGAUAACUUAUGAAACAAUUGUUGCAGUUGCAAAAGGCCUAAGCCCUUCUCCUCUGUCCCCCUUGAACAUUGCCACCGCUCUUCAUCGCAUUGCUAAGAAUAUGGAGAAGGUUACUAUGACGAGAACUCGAAGAUUGGCUUUUGCUCGACAAAAAGAGAUGUCUAUGCUUGUUAGUGUUGCGAUGACAGCCUUACCUGAGUGCUCUGCACAAGGAAUCUCGAACAUAUCUUGGGCACUGUCCAAAAUUGGAGGUGAACUGCUUUAUCUUUCAGAAAUGGAUAGAAUUGCAGAGGUUGCACUGACCAAGGUUGGGGAUUUCAACUCCCAAAACAUUGCUAAUAUAGCAGGUGCAUUUGCUGCAAUGCAGCAUUCUGCCCCUGAUCUUUUCUCAGAGUUGUCGAAAAGGGCUUCAAUCAUAAUUCACACUUUUCAAGAACAAGAGCUAGCUCAACUUUUAUGGGCUUUUGCUUCGCUAUAUGAGCCAGCUGACCUUGUAUUUGAUUCUUUAGACAUAGUCUUCAAAGAUAGUUGCCAAUUGAGAGGUUGCACAAGUGAAAAGACAUCAAGUAAUGAUGAACAAAUCAGUGUUGACAGAACUGGUGCCUUAAAUGGAUCUCUGAGCUCUCCCGUACUCACUUUAACGAGGGACCAGCUUGGGACAAUAGCUUGGUCCUAUGCUGUCUUUGGACAAAUGGACAGGAGUUUCUUCUCUCAUGUCUGGAAAACUCUCCGCAAUUAUGAGGAGCAAAGGGUUUCCGAGUUUUACAGGGAGGAUAUCAUGUUUGCUUCUCAAGUUCAUCUUGUAAACCAGUGCUUGAAGCUUGAAUUCCCACAUCUUCAGUUGUCCUUAUGUGGUGAGUUUGAGGAGAAAGUUGCCCUUGCUGGAAAAACUAAAAGGUUUAAUCAGAAAAUAACUUCAUCGUUUCAAAAAGAGGUUGGACGCCUACUCAUAAGCACUGGCCUUGAAUGGGUCAAAGAAUAUGUUGUGGAUGGUUACACUUUGGAUGCUGUGCUUGUUGAUAAGAAGCUUGCUUUGGAGAUUGAUGGUCCAACUCAUUUCUCGAGAAAUACUGGUGUUCCAUUAGGACAUACCAUGUUAAAACGUCGAUACAUCACUGCUUGUGGUUGGAAAGUCGCUUCUGUAUCCCAUCUGGAGUGGGAGGAAACUCAAGGGGCGUUUGAACAAGUAGAGUACCUUAGGAACAUCCUAAAAAAUCAUCUAGAUGAGGGAUACGCCGAAACUACUCUGACUGGGGAAAAGUGAUUGGCCAAUGCUGCUUGUCAAGUGUAAGGAGAUAUCAGAUAUGUAUUUUUUACCAAGCUCCUCUGAUAAAUUUUAGUAAAGGGGGUUGUAUAUUUCUUAGAAAUAUUUCAUUUCAAAAGCAUAAAUUCCAUUUCUCCCCAUUUUGUUUUGCACUAAAAUCACUCUAGUCUCUAAGUUCAACACCAAAAUGAAUUUGCUUCAUAAUAUUACACAAGAUCCAAUUUGACAAUUGACAAUUCUUAAUCAAUUUGCUAUUCAAGUUAAAAUUGCCUGUAAUUUGGACCCUAAUAUUACCAAUUACCAAAUUAAUCUAUUUCGUGUAUUUAGUCCUUUGGCAACAAAGGAUAGCUAGACCAUUGUGUUCAUUGCAAUUUUAUAGAGAUAAUUAAAUAUUAGACGAGAAUAUGUAAUCAAGAAGAGUACCAGUGGUAGAAUAGAACCCUGACACGGUUUAGAUUCAGAUUCGUUUCCUGUCUGGUGCACAUUCAAAAGAGCUUUGAUGAAAAAUUCUGUCCAAUUUGUGGGUCAAUUGUUGGUCAUCGCACUCAGGUCAAUGAAGAUAAUGUUUCUGAGCUCUCUUAUUUUUUUUUUUCUUGAGUUGUCUUUUUUUCACGCACACAACUCUGACAAUAUCUCAGGUCACAGUCAAAAGAUAAUCCAUGUUUCUGGAGUGCAACUUCUCCUUACCAAACACUAUUUUAACAUUGCAGAAAUCUGUCAUAAGACCAUCUUUUAUUUUGUCUGGAUAUUGCUUGAGAUUUUCCAUGAUUAAACAUAUUUUCUAGCAGGCAUUAUUUCUUUACUUGGUGGGGGAUAUAAUUGUUGUCAUCAUGACACAAUGGUGCCUACCAAAUUCCAGAACACAAGCAUACAUUACUUUCAAUUUUGUUAUAGCUUGAAGCAUGGGAGGAAAGGAUUGGCUUUGAAUUAACCCUUUAACUUCGUUUACGUUUAAGCCUAAGUAAAAUUAGUUCCAUAGUUUGAUUGGGUUAAAGAAGAAUAUAAAAGAAGUGAAAAAUAUUAUUUCAGAGUGGUUAUUAAGAAACAAAGGAAGAAGCGACUUAAAGUUUUUGCUUAAAUAUAUUUAGUACCUUAAAUUUGGGACAAUUUUUAUUUCAGUCCCUCAAUUUAAAUUUUGUAGUUUUUAGACCCUCUAUUGGAAAAAUGUUAUUUUUGGUUCUUUUUAGUCUUUCAAACUCAUUUGGGAUGACUAAAGACAGUAUUUCGUGAAUUUGAAAUACUAAAAUCGGCAAAUUUUAAAUUAGGGAACAGAAACUAAAACUAGUCUAAAUUUGUGAGAUUAAAACUAGGAUUUUAUUAGUUUUGGGUACCUUCAAAAUUAAUUUGUUUUGAAAUUGGCACCAUAAAAAAUUAUUUAGUAUUUUUUAUACUUAACAUUUAAUAGAUAUAUAAAUUUGAUUUUUUAGUAACUUUAUGUAAUCAUCCAAAAUAAUUAUUUGCAAGUAUGUUGGUUUUUGGAGUUCAAGAUUGCCAUGUUAACACCAUUUAUUCAAAAUACCUAGAAAAAUUACUAUCUAAACCGACUUUAUUUUGUUAACACCUCCCUACUAAUGGUUUUAUUUUAGUCCUUUAUCUAUUGUAAUAUAUGUUAGUCUAUCGUUAGACACAGUCAGAGGGCUUGCACAAUGACAAUGCCUAGCCAUGCUCAUAACAUGACCUACUCGUAUCUACUAAAAUCUACACUCAUCUGCAUUACCAUUGUUGUUUCUCUUGGCUCUUCCAUUUGCUUCAUUUUGCGACUAUGAGCUUAGAUUACAACUAAGGUAAGAACUGGAUCUCUCCAUUUUUGUAUUUGUAUUAUGUUAUUAUAUUUUUCUUCAAUAUUUUAUCACGUUCUCUUGUUUUGUAACUACUGAGUGAAUCGGUUUAGUAUUGGUCCUUCAUAUUAUUUUCCCCGUCAAUUUUCCUUCUUCCAUGGACCGUUGGACUGCCAAUCUAUUCCACCCCUGAUGGAAAACCUGCAGUCGCUCUCACUUUCUCACGUGCCAAUGCUCUCACCCAUGUAGGUUCUAUUCCUUCAGCUCUCAAGUAAAGCUUCUGCCUACUGAAUUUUUUUCGUUGAUGUUAUUUUGUUUUUUUUUUUUUUUUUUUUCUUUUUUCUGUUCUGUUGGAUGCUCUACCCAUGCACUAGAAGCAGCGCCAUCUUACCAAAUUCCGAACUUUAUUGUUGCUUUUAAUUAUAUUCUUUCAAUUUCAAUAACGCACGUGAAUUCAUUGAAACCUGAUCAUGAACACCGUUUCAUGAAGUGGGCUCAUUCAGUUUCGAUGCAAUGCUAAGAAACUGAAUCUGCUGUGUUUUUAUUCGUAUUCUGAUAUUUCAAUUAAAUUUUUAUGGUGUUUAAUAAAAUAGGUAAUUUGGGAGGUGGUUACAUUUGUGAAUUUAAACGUAAUAUCUGAUAUUGAUAUAUGGUUCUGGCCUGGGUCUUGCAUAAUAUAUCCCCUUCUCUGUGCUGAUAAUGGGUAAAAAGCUAAAAAGGAACCAAAGUUUGCUAUUGUGAAAAAGGUUGUCACUUCCAGGAAAAUCUAUAGGUUAGGUUUUUCUUUCUCUCGCCGAAUGCUGAUUCCUUCAUUGUUCUUGGUUUUGUUCUAUUAUCAAUUCUUGAAAUCCUAUCUAAUUCAGCUACAAAGAAGAGGUUUUGAACUCAAGAAAAAUCUUAUGAAGGAAAAGUUACCCAGAGACAAAUAAGGUUCGAUUCUCACUCCUUGCCUCCCCUUUUAAUUGGUUCUGAAUUUAUUGCUUUCUCCCUUUCUCCGUUGGUUUGAAUUUGUAUUAUUUAGUCCUAGUCAUUCUGCGGCAACUUGCGUACCGGAUUUUGCUGGAUACCAAUUUCUAAAUCCAGAUUAGAAUUCCUGGUGUUCCAAUAAUGUUCAUUGCUAAAUACAGAUGCUCUAUUGAGAACCAACAAUUGGUGGUGGAAAGUUCUAUCAUGCAUCAAUUGCAAGAAGACUUUUUGUGAUCACACAAUGGUACUGACUUUAGUAAGUUCCCUUUUAAUUUGGAUGCACAUGCCAACAAACAAAUGUGUCAUAAUAACUCUUUCGAAAAGAAGGAAUAUAUAUAUAUAUAUAUAUAUUCUCUUUUAGAUGUAAUUUAGUUUCAAGAUCCUCAUAAAUUAUAUAUUUUUAAUUGAGUUAUUAUUAUUAUUAUGGUAAUUUAAAUAUUAAAUUUUGGUAUAUUUUAGUUACAAAAUAAAUCAGUAAAUCCUAAAUCAUCCAUUGGGGUUCCAUAUUUAAUCACAUCUUACAUGCACAAAUCCCAAACUAAAUACCAAAACUUUUAUUAACAAAAUUUACAAUAAUCUCAUUCUCAAACAAAAGAACACAAUUUUGUUAAUAGGAUCUAAAAGAUAGAAUUACAUAAUAAAUCAUUAUACAAUAAAUAUUGUAGCAUUUGAAAGCAAUUAAUCACUUGUUUUGGAUGCUCAUACCCCUUAAAACAUUUAUGGUAUAAUUAUAGUGUGACUCUUGUCUCUUUACUCAUCAUUCUUAUAAACAUUUACAUAUGACACAUUUUCAUUCAUUCUCUUAUCCCGAACCAAGAUAUGGAACACUCCCAUAUGGUUAAUCUGGUUUCCCUUAUGAUUUACUUAAAAGGCAAGAAAUUGAACAAUC